UGAAGGGUAUAAACGCGCUGCCUACUGGGCAUCGGUUGCAGUCCGGCGGAGUACUUGCAGAGUGGAGACUGACCGCUUCUUUGCUUUAUAGGAAACGCCGACGUUGAAGAAAGCAGCAGGGAUCGUCCAAAGCAAGCUUUCCCGGCCGAAAGGGAAAAGAAGAGACUGAGCACGUGUCAUCACAAGGCACCGCAGGCAAAGCGUCUUCAGAAGCAAGAUAUGGCCGUGAUUUGCUCUACGUUAUCUGGGGAAAGUGUCCACCUGUCGCUGGAUGUUGGAACCAGCAGGGUAUAAACGCGCUGCCUACUGGGCAUCGGUUGCAGUCCGGCGGAGUACUUGCAGAGUGGAGGCUGACCGCUUCUUUGCUUUAUAGGGCCUUUCUUUGGGACUAAAUUGGCGUGGAUAUCAGUGAAGUGAAAAGGAGCAAAGCCGCCACCAUGAUUGCCAAGAGUCACGUCACCUGUGUCCUCGUCACCGCUAGCUUUCUAGGCUGCGCUACAGAAUCGCAUUUGCCCGAGCAGAAACCGUAUUUGUGGGAGCACCAAGACAGCAUGAGGGCAAAUAUGCAAUUCGGGUUUUUUGCGCUUCACCAACGGUCAUAUCAGCACGACCCUGCUUUUCACUGGGACGGAGCAUGUAUAUACGGCCAAAAUUUUGAGUGCUACCCAGAGGAAAAGUACUGUAUGGGCUUUGUUAUACACUGGCUGCCCUCGAGGAACAAGCUAAUCAACAGGACCUUGUACCUGCAUUUAGAAGCUACCGAAGGUUAUGCGAUGGCUAACGCGUACGCACCUUCUCCAAUCAACGUGAAAACGCUCCCCACGAAAUAUAUCUUCGUGGCCACCGAGUACGACAACUGCGACAUACUGCGCGUACCACAUAUGUCCAACGGUUGCGAGGUUUGGGUCCGCUUGGACAAAGUCAACGAAAUCAACAGCCUGUGCUUCUUCAUCUACGACCUGCUGUGCGGCCCCGAAAAAUACAUAACCUACGACCCGGAUACCUGUAGGAAUGUAACUAUCACUUGA